AGGUUGAAAACCAGUGCAGAUUGGUUCCCUAUGGGCCUGGGUGAUGUCCUUAGAGCAGAGCAGAGCUGCAUUCCUAGACUGGGUGUGGGAAGGUUUAACCGGAAGAGGCGUCAAACACCAGAGAAGUAUUUGUUCUCUCUGGUCACCAUGGCUGUUUAUACUGCAGCAGGCUUAAUCGGUGAUACUCUAUCUCAGUUUUGGUUUUAAAGGGAGUGUAACCUGAAAGGAGCGGAGGUAAGGGGUGCAGAGAGGUGAGGUCCAGAUUGCGGCUCUGUGGUGUCUGUGUGCCCCCUGCUGGGGGAGUUGAGCUGUGCUCAUCUCUGAAGGCUGGGUGGGGGCUCUUAUCCCUGGCCAAACACUGGGAACUGACUGUGUGGAGAACAGUAGGUGAUGCCAGAGACAGAACUACUCCAUGGCCCUCAGGGGAGUCAGUAGGUCCUCGGCGGGCAUAUAGGAUAGAAAUAGACUCGUGGGUAAGGAUUCAGUUGUCCAGGUAUCACCCUGUCUGGGCUGCUGCUCCCACACUCAGGAACUAGACCUUGUGGGUGAGGACCUGUUGUCCCUCCUGCCAAGGUAAUAACUUCCUCCUCGAGCCAGGAUCCUGCCCCAGGCAGGAGUACAGCUCUGCACCUCCGGCAGCUGCUGUUCGGAUUGCCUGCCAAAAGCACCCUGAAGCUCAGGAUCAAGGAGCAUGGUCCGAGGAAGGCGGGGUUUCGGGGCAUCUCACAGGAACUGCUUCUCUCCGUGUUCCGUAAUGAAGGGCUACGUACUGGUAGACAUGCUGGUCGUGGUGGGCUUCGCAUUGGGAAAGGUUCCUGUUCCCGAAGUCCGGACCUGCCACUUCUGCCUCUUAGAAGACCCUACUGUAGGAUGCAUUUCCGGCUCAGAGAAGUGCACCAUCAGCAGCUCAUCCCCCUGCAUGGUGAUCUCCAUCUAUUAUGAGGUCAGAGUCCGCUUCAACAUCCGAGGUUGUGGACAGAUCAAUUCCUACCGCUGCCAAGAAAAGCGCAACACCUACUUCUCACAGUACUGGUAUCAGGCCCAGUGCUGUCAGUACGAUUACUGCAACUCCUGGAGCAGUCCCCAGCUCCAGAGCUCCCUGCCUGAGUCCUCCGAGAAGGCCCUGGCCCUGCCUCUGUCCGACACCCAGGUCCACCAGUUGUACCAGGCCCUGAACCUCUCCUUGCCCCUGCCUAGCUUGCGCGCUGGGAAGGAGCCUGAAAGCCUAGACCCCCUGGCCACCCUACGCCUGGGCUUGUCUGUGGCUGACCUGCGCCACAUGUACUUGUUCUUCAACAGCUCAGGACUUCUGUAUCUACCCAGGGCUGGACCCUGACUCCUUCACCUUCUUACGCCACAGCGUGUUCAGUGCCUGUCACCCCCAGCACCCUGUAGUUCCUUCUCCCUGUGGUCCUGUGGCCUCCUGGGCUUCCCUCCUUAGUACCUCCAGCAUCUGUGUGACUUAGGUUUCACACCACCCCCCAUCCUGUGCUGCUCUUUCUGCCUCCUAGAAAAACUCAAGUGUAGAUUCUGCCUAGGCAGACGAGAGAAGGGCACAGAGGAACCAUCAUCCAAGUGCUCCAUACCCGCUCCACUGGCCACCUGCCACGUCCACUCAGGCCUGGUACUGCAUCCCCUAGGCCUGUCUCUGAGACUUGUGCCACACUGACCUUUCAGCAGGAAGGACACCUGUCAGGUUUCCUAGUGUGGCAGCCUGGUGUCCCCGCCUCCAGCCCCGCUCCUGUCCCGGUCUUCGGUGUCCUCAGCCCCGUUUUCCCCGAGUCCUUACCGGCUUACUGAAAGGAGAGGAGAGGGACUGUGGGUUUGCUCCACAUCCCCAUUUCCCUCCACAAUAAACGAGGACUGGCCUAACUCCGUGUCACAUUGUCUGUGGGGUCGGGUUCUCAUGUGCCCAGGCAGGUGUAGACAGACUGAGAGGUAAGUGUGGGAUUCAGACAGGUUUGCAGAACCCUACCCACUCUCCUUGGCAUCGUGGCUUCCUCUCACAUC